AUGUAAUUAUGUUAAUUAGAAAAAACACAUAAAAUUUCUAACAGCAAGUUUUUUUGUUAUCAUAAACAGACAAAGGAUACUUAUAUAUUAACUAUAUAACCUCCAAGCGAAUUUAAUAGAUUAGUUUAUCAUUUGAAUCAUCCAAAUUUAUUACUAGUGGAAGAGUAUUGGGAGGAGAGAGGAUAAAUUUGUUCUGUACAAAGAUGUUAAACAAUAAAUGAUUUGUAAGAAGUAAUGAAUAAUAUAAAAUUAGAUAAUGUAAAACAAUAAGUUCUCAGAAAAUACUAUAUUGACAAUAUUAUACCAGAUCAUCUCAGCAAUGUUCUAUUUAGAAGAAUAACAAGUACCAGUGACAGUAUCAUUGAAUAAUGUAUUUUUGGAUGAGUAAUUAUAAGUGAAAGUAUAAUCAUAUUAUUAAUUAUUAGAUAGAUGUUUUAAAUAUAGUUAAUGCAUAACUUUCAUUUGCAUCUCCUGAAGUUUUAAGAAAAGAGAUUGAAUCAUCAGGCAUAUGGAGUGUAGGAUGUGUAGCAUAUUAUUUAAUGAAAUCUGAGUUGCCUUUUUCAGGAGCAAAUGAGAGAUCUAUAGCUUAUAACAUAAUAUAUAGAGAACCACCUCCUAGUGAUUUUUAAGAGUUCCCAUUAGUUAGUGCAUUGUUGAAAGUUAUAUUUAUAAAGAAUUGGAAGAGAAGAGCAACUACAAAAUAAGUUUUAUAAUUUUUGGCUUCAAAAUCUGCAAGUGUAUAGGAACCUGUUAAAUUAUUGAGAUCUCCAUAAUCAUCAGAAUAAUUUGGAAAGAAUAAAUCAAGUAUGAUACUUAGUUAAAUUGAUAAAGUGGAAUAUUCAGAAAAAUAAACUGACAGUAUAAAAAUGGAUGAUAAAUAAUCUCCAUUAGCUAAAGUUCUUACAUUAUAAGAAUUUGAAGAACAAUUAUCUCGUAUGAAAGGAAGACCUUAAUCUUCAAUGAUAGAUGAAUCAAAUGAGAUUAUUAAUAAAAUUAAAAGAAUGAGACCUAAUUCUGCAAUUACAUUAUCUGGAAAAGAGUUUGUUAAAAAAAAUAUAAAAGAAGAAAUCAAUUAAAGAAGAUAAGUACAAAGUUCAAAGCCUUUUUUAGUAAAAAAGAAUACUGAAAACUUUACAAAACAUCAUAAAGAGAUUUCAAUUGAUUUAGAUAAUGCAGAUAAGUUAAAGCAUAGUGAUACUAUAAGGGUGUAUAAUUUAGAAUAUUAAGACAAUAUAAUGCAUCCAACUAAGAAUAAUAAAGUAUUUAUGAAAAUAUUAAAACCAAAAAUGGUUUCUGCAGCCGAUUAUCCAAAAGAAUAAAUUUAAGGAAUGUAAAAAUGGAGAAACAAAAUGAAUUCAAUGCUAAUAUGA